AUGAACGUCGAACGGACAUGACUCCGUCGACGACGACGCUGUCUAUCAAUCGAUUUCCGUUGUUGUAAAAAUUGUGAUAAUUAACCAAAAGGACAAAAAUUUGCCACCAAACUGGAUUGUGUUCGGGGAAUGUGCUUGGAUGUGACUUUUUUCAGAAUGUGGUACCCUUGUAGAGUCCUCCUGCAGAACGUCAGUCAAAAGGAUAGAGGGGUCCUGGACAUGACUGCCACGGAGAAUACAAUCCGUUUCAGUGUCCACACCCUGGACAAAGCCACCAAAGCUAAAGUCACCCUAGAAAAUUACUACACAAAUCUCAUAGCCCAGCAUGUGGAGCGAAAACAAAGGCUAGCGAAGCUCGAAGAAUCCUUGAAAGACGACAGCCUCUCCGAAGAGCAGAAGCAUGAGAAGCGCCUCCAGCACGCCCAAAAAGAAACGGAAUUCCUCCGACUGAAGCGCUCUCGUCUCGGUGUCGAAGACUUCGAACCGUUGAAAGUAAUCGGUCGGGGAGCUUUCGGCGAAGUCCGCCUGGUCCAGAAAAAGGACACCGGUCACGUCUACGCCAUGAAGAUCCUCCGUAAAGCCGACAUGCUCGAAAAGGAGCAAGUGGCGCACGUGCGAGCCGAACGCGACAUCCUUGUCGAAGCCGACCACCAGUGGGUGGUCAAAAUGUAUUAUAGUUUUCAAGAUCCGAUCAAUUUGUAUUUGAUUAUGGAGUUUUUGCCUGGCGGUGAUAUGAUGACGCUGUUGAUGAAAAAAGACACGUUGUCGGAGGAAUUUACGCAGUUCUAUAUCGCCGAAACGGCACUAGCUAUAGAUUCGAUACAUAAGCUCGGGUUUAUCCAUCGAGAUAUAAAGCCGGAUAACUUGCUGUUGGAUGCGAAAGGGCAUUUGAAAUUGUCCGAUUUCGGACUGUGUACGGGACUGAAAAAGUCGCACAGGACGGAUUUUUAUCGGGAUCUGAGUCAGGCCAAGCCGUCGGAUUUUAUAAUAACCUCUAGUCCGAUGGAUAGUAAACGUCGUGCCGAAAGUUGGAAGAAAAACCGACGAGCGCUGGCUUACAGCACCGUCAGAACGCCUGAUUAUAUCAGUUUUACGAAGUGGAAUAGAAUUUUUUGUUUGUUUUCAGUAAUAACCUCUAGUCCGAUGGAUAGUAAACGUCGUGCCGAAAGUUGGAAGAAAAACCGACGAGCGCUGGCUUACAGCACCGUCGGAACGCCUGAUUAUAUCGCCCCCGAAGUGUUCCUUCAAACCGGCUACGGUCCGGCGUGUGAUUGGUGGUCGUUAGGCGUCAUCAUGUACGAAAUGUUGAUCGGUUAUCCGCCGUUCUGUUCCGAAAAUCCUCAAGACACUUAUCGCAAAGUGAUGAACUGGAGAGAGACGCUUGUCUUUCCCGCCGAAGUUCCGAUCUCUGAAGAGGCCAAAGAUACUAUUAUUAAGUUUUGCUGUGAAGCCGAACGAAGGUUGGGCUCACAGAAGGGUAUAGAAGAUUUGAAAAUAAUUCCCUUCUUUCGGGGAGUUGACUGGGAACAUAUUAGGGAAAGGCCAGCCGCGAUACCUGUAGAAGUUAAGUCGAUAGAUGAUACGUCGAAUUUCGACGAUUUCCCAGACGUCAAGCUUGAAAUUCCUUCUGCGCCUAUGCCUCAGGACGGUGAGGUCAACUACAAAGACUGGGUGUUCAUCAACUACACGUUCAAGCGGUUCGAAGGUCUGACGCAAAGAGGGACCCCAACAAAAAAAUAAACCGCACUUUUAUGUGCGCCAACAAAUCGGCAGUUAAUCGCGCUAUAACGAGCACUUAUUUUUAGGAAAUAUCGUGAAAAAUCACACCAGAGUGCUUCGAUUAUGAUUUUCUCGUCUUUUCAAUAACUGUACCUAUCCCGUAGUUAUUUUCUAAAAAUAAGUAACUUUGUGUAUUAUAGGUCUGAAGCAGUUUUCACACUGUUUGCUUUGAGCUGUGAGAAGCUACGUAUCUUUUGUUGUAUUUACACUGAUAUCUCGUUAACUUGUGUUAUUGUAAAUAUUACGAAAAUGACGAAUUGUUAGUACAAAAUUGUUGCGAAACUACUGCCAAUUAUUUAUGUGAUGAUGUGUUGCUUCGAGGGCGGGCGGUCCGAGGGAUAUUUUUGUACCUAAUGAUUUUUUCCCUAUCAUUUUAAAUACAACAGAAGAUUUUUGUGUAUAUGUUAUUUUUUGUUUAUUGUUACAAAGUGAUACGUUUAUUAUUUACUUGUUUUUUUAUUUAUAGACAAUGUAUUUCUUGAUCGCGCGUCAAGAACUAUUUUGUAUAACUCGUGAAGGACAUGAACUAAUUACACUUUUUACACCUUCAUGAUUCUGUCAGUGAGAUCAUAUUUUUGCAAUUUUUUAUUUCAAGACGAACGAGCGUAGUCUAGUAGGCGGGUUUAGUAAUUUUCGUUUAGAGUGACCUGCGACGUUUGACAGGCAGUACCGCCAACUGUGUUUCAAGGUUCAUGGCCACUCUGAUCAUUUUAUUAGUUGUUUUGUUCCAAAGAAGCACAUAUGAACAAUUGUUUUUCACUAACCAAUUAGAUUUUGUGGAAGUGUAUGUGUAGUUUUGCAAACAUAUCGAGCAGUUUUUUGGCUGUUAAACAGUCUGGUGUGUAUGUGAGGCAGUUGGUAGACUUGGAAAUUUUAUAGAAAGUAUUAAUGUUAAGCUUGUAGCUCUCUAUGCACCUUUUUUUUCAAAUUCGUUUAACUGGUGCAAAUUAGCUAGAUUAUUUGUCUGAUUUGUUAUUUAUUACAUUGGUCUCGCUAACAGGACUUGUACAUAAUAUAUUUACUUCCAAAAAUGUGUAUAACAAAGUUUAUUAAACUAUGUGCUUUAA